AUGAGCUCAGCCCAGGGUCCCACUGCUGAAGAGAGGAUACUUGUGGCCUUGUGCUAUGAGGUGAAUGACUCCUGCUACAGGACUUUACUCUUCAGGGUCCAGCUGGCCAUUUAUCUGGCCUGUGCCUUGGGCAUGCUGAUAAUUUUCCUGGGGAAUCUGUUCGUCAUCAUUGCCAUUUCCCAUUUCAAAGCCCUGCACACCCCCACCAACCUCCUGCUCCUCUCCCUAACCCUUGCUGACCUCCUCCUGCAGCUCACCAUGAUGCCCUUCAACACCAUCUGGUCUGUAGAGAGCUGCUGGUAUUUUGGAGGUGACUUCUGUAGGCUGCAUAACCUUCUGGACACACUUUUUUCUUGACCUCCAUAUUUCAUCUGUUUCAUUUCCACUGAUCAGCCCUGUGCCACCUGUGACUCUUUGCUUUACUGUACCAAGUUCACCAUAAGAGUGGCCUGCAUUUACAUUGGGAUGUGGUGGGCAGUGCCUGGACCUCUGUCUUCCUCCACAGUAAAGCAGUUGCAGAAGGACUGGGCCAUUGUUUUGUGAGAUGUGCCCUGUGUUGGUAGCAGUCAGCUGCUGUUCAACAAGAUCCAGAGGUGGUUGAACUUCCCAGUUCUCUUCUUCCCUUGCCUUAUAAUGAUAGUUUUGUAUGUGAAAAUAUUUAAUGUGGUUAACAAGCAAGCCAGGCUAAUAAAUAUGAAUAGGAGUGUCAGGCCUCAGCUCCACAUAGGAGCAUCCAAGAGUGAAAGGAAGGCAGCAAAGACUCUUGGGGUAGCUACAGGAGUCUACCUCCUGUACUGGCUGCCCUUUACUAUUGACUCUAUGGUAGACAGUCUUCUGGAUUUCAUUACCUCCUCAGUUCUGUUUCACAUCCUAAUUUGGUUUGCUUAUUUCAGUUCUGCCUGUAAUCUCUUCAUGUAUGCAUUUUCCUACCAUUGGUUUAAGAAAGCUGUAAAACUAGUCUUAAAUCAUGGGAUCUUUUGUUCUAGGACAUCUACAGUAGACUUGUACUAG